AAAAAAAAAAAAAGAUUACAACCCUGACACACGCGCAGACACCCCACCCACCCCACACAAACACUGAGUACCUGCACUGCGCACUGAGAAAUGUAAAGAACUCCAGAGCUGCAGCGUGCACACUAAUAACCACGUGGCUCCCAAUACAAGCUUUGUUUUCUCUAGCAAUGAUUCUAAAAAUAAACAAACUGAUUUUGUUUUAAUUGCUUUUAAAUUUGAUGGGAAAGCGGCUAAGCUGGCUUUAUUUUCCCUGCCGCCACACUCCCAUAAUUAUCAAUGUUUUCCACUCCCAAAAGGAAAUGAAACAUCGUUGCUGCAGGAUAGGGGGGAAAAAAGCGACCUUUUCCUGUGCCGUGUUAACGUCAGCGGUCAGGAGCUAAACCCAUGAGACACUUGCUGUCCGUCGCUCGAAGCGGGCCGGGCGACCUCGGCCGUGUGAAUCGUUAGAGCUAGUUUUUGCUUGUUGAGUCAUGGGCACAGGUUGUUUGUUUCCAUUCCAUAUAGGAGAGCAAACAAACAGCAAGCAAGAUGUGGCGUCCGAAAGGCAACAAGUUAGCUCAUGUUACACAACCGGGAGAUUUUUCUCAGAAAGUGUUUAUCAUUGUUUGGUGGCUGUUUGUUAGUCAGCGGUUGUGGUUCCGAGGAAUGUGCAUUUUACAACAUGGUCCUCUUGCAUAAACUUUUCAUGAACUGAUAAUGCAAUGUUCUUCAGUGGUUGACUGCAAAGUUAAAAGCAUGAUUUGUUGUUGUUGUUGUUGUUGUUCUGCAAAGAGGCCCAUCCAUGUUAACCUUUGGCAGCAUGAAUAUUUUGAGCUCCUUCCACCUGGUGUUGCUGGAACACGCGUCAUCCUUCCAGGGAAAAGCAAUUAAAUGACACUCUCUCUUUCCAUGGAAUGUCCAAUGGCGGGAUAAGAAGACCAUCAUUCCCUUGUGUUUAUAUUAAGUCGUGAAGGCAACUUAAGCGCGUGGCAGCAAAUGGCCUUUGUGGUUUACAGGUAGCUGUCUGGGUCAAGUAAACAUAUCAAGUUACUAGGGGCUUGAGAUAGGAGCCAGACGACAUGGCUCGGACUUUGUUUACAGUUAAAGUCCAAGUCGUUCUUUCUUUUUUUUUAAAUUUUUCCUCGCAUGGGAAAUAAUGAACAAUCAAUGAAGUUUACAUGAGUUUAGAGGCAUCAGAGAGGGCCGUUGAUGACGCUUUCAAGAGGAGACCAGGCUACCUAUCAAGUGUCGGUUACCAUGGCGACGAGAGUAAGCAUGUUGUGGGAGGGCAAUACGCUUUCCGAGGCGACUCCUUCUCAGAACUUCUUGUCCUAUAGAAAAGAGACGAGGCGCGGCCUCGCCUGGGCUAAACUUUCUGGGAAUGUGUGCAGACGCACAACUCAGUCAGCACUCUUUCCUGGUUUUUUUUUUCACGGGUUCCGUCUCUUUUCACACAAGGUGGAACCAGCAAGUUGUAAAAAAGGAUAUAGGGGAGGUGUUUAGUGUUGUGACGUACGGUGUCGGCGGCCACGGGGAUGCCUUUGAAAUGCUCACCGGCCGGACCGGACCAACCAGACUGUUCACUUGCCGCAGAUGGGGUGAUGAAACCCGAACCCCCAAACGUGGCGUAGACAGCUGAAGGAGGUCGAAGAACAAGCAUGGAGACACUCAGGGACUCUCUUGUGCAUCUGACUUUUCAGAUGUCGUCCUACAAGAGAGCCACACUGGACGAGGAAGAUCUGGUGGACUCCGGCGGCGAUGACGUCUACCAGUCAACACCAAUGCAGGUGAGUAUCCGGCGGGGCUUCUCAUGCUGGCCGGAGAGAACACCAAGGGAGAGGCAGCUUCUGUUUCUGGUGUGUGCACUGUCUGCGGGCCUAUUCGUAUCGCUCAUCACAACCGCUGUCUUCUACCGGCAAACACGUCCGGGCGUUUGCCUGACCGAGCCAUGCGUCAGCGUGGCCAGCGCCGUCAUGUCAGCCCUGGACCGCUCGGUGGACCCCUGCCACGACUUCUACACCUUUGCCUGCGGCGGCUGGAUGAAGAACAACCCUCUCCCUGAAGGCAAGUCCCGCUGGGGCUCUUUCAGCGCCCUGUGGGAGCGCAACAUCAUCGUGAUGAAGCAACUAUUAGAAAACACGACGAUGAAAGGUCUGAGUCGAGCAGAGGAGAAGGCCCAGAGAUACUAUCAGGCCUGCAUGAACGAGACAGAAAUCGAGCAGUUGGGAGCGAAGCCAUUGCAGCGACUCAUCACGCAGCUGGGAGGAUGGGCCCUGACCGGACCGUGGGACAAAACCAACUUCCAGGAAGUCCUCCGUGCGGUGUCAGCAAAUUACCGCACCUCACCAUUCUUCACCGUGUUUGUCAGUACCGAUUCCAAGAACUCCUCCACUAACAUCAUUCAGGUGGAUCAGUCCAGCCUGGGACUCCCUUCGCGGGAUUACUACCUCAAUAAAACCGCCAAUGAAAAGUAUCUGGUGGCAUACCAGAACUUCCUGGUGGAGUUAGGGGUCCUUCUGGGGGGCUCAAAGGAGACGUCUCGGCUACUCAUGGGGGAGAUUUUGGACUUUGAAACAGCACUGGCCAACAUCACCGUACCCCUGGAGGCGAGACGGGACGAGGAGCUCAUCUACCACAAGAUGGAGGCCAAAGACUUGAAGAGUCUGGCCCCUGCAAUAGACUGGAUCCCUUACCUCAACGAGGUCUUCGCUCCUGUGCCUAUCAAUGAGUCCGAGCCGGUGGUCGUCUAUGCCAAAGAGUACCUCCAGAAUGUGUCGGACCUCAUAACAAACACCAAUAAAAGCCUUCUCAACAACUACAUGGUCAUGAAGGUGGUAAGGAAGAUGGCGUCCGUCUUGGACCAGAGGUUUCAGGAUGCCGAGCAGCGCUUCCUAGAGGUCAUGUACGGAACUAAAAAGAGUUGCACUCCUCGUUGGAAGAUGUGCGUCAGCGACACAGACAGCGGCCUUGGCUUCGCCCUGGGCGCCAUGUUUGUCAAGGCCACCUUCACAGAGGACAGCAAGGACAUUGCUGAGGACAUGGUCAGCGACAUUAAAAGAGCAUUUGAGGACAGCCUGGAGUAUGUAAGCUGGAUGGAUAGUGACACAAAAAAAGCAGCAAAAGAGAAGGCAGAUGCAAUUUACAACAUGGUGGGCUAUCCAGAGUUCAUCAUGAACGACACCAAGCUGGACAAAGUGUUCAAUGAUUUUGAGGUCGUGUCGGAUCUGUACUUCCAGAACGUCAUGCAGUACUACAACUUCUCUGCCAGGGUGACGGCCGACCAGCUAAGAAAAGCUCCAAACAGAAACCAGUGGAGCAUGACGCCCCCAACUGUGAAUGCCUAUUACAACCCCACUAAGAAUGAGAUUGUUUUGCCAGCAGGAAUUCUCCAGAUGCCGUUCUACAGCCGCCAUUGGCCCAAAGCUCUUAACUUUGGCGGAAUCGGGGUUGUCAUGGGGCAUGAACUGACUCACGGUUUUGAUGACCAAGGGAGGGAAUUUGACAAAGACGGCAACCUGCGCUCUUGGUGGAAGAACUCAUCUGUGGAGGCCUUCAAGAAGCACACACAGUGCAUGGUAGAGCAGUAUGGCAACUACAGCAUCAACCAGGAGACCCUGAAUGGUCACCACACGCUGGGCGAGAACAUCGCCGACAAUGGCGGACUGAAGGCUGCCUAUGAGGCUUACGUGAAUUGGAUCAGAAGGAACGGUGAGGAAGCCACGCUGCCAGCUCUGGGAAUGACAAACCACCAGCUGUUUUUUGUGGGAUUUGCACAGGUGUGGUGCGCCGUGAGGACGCCCGAGAGCUCGCACGAGGGCGUCAUCACCGACUCGCACAGCCCGCCCAGAUUCCGAGUCAUCGGGACCGUCUCCAACUCACACGAGUUCUCCAAGCACUUUGGCUGCAAAGCAAACGCGCCUAUGAACCCCAAACAAAAGUGCACGCUCUGGUAAUGCCUCGAAAUGGUCAGCAGAGAGCAGUAUGAGCAAACUGACUGUGGAGGCUCACUGACCCAAAGAACCACUAAGAAGCACUUUGUGUGCAGGAUUGCUCGAGAAAAUCUUUACUUUUUUUUUUCAAAGGAGACGCAUUCUACCUUUUCCCAGAUGUCAAAAAAAAAAAUGACAUGCUUUUUU